CGGGGAGAAUGACAGAGAUGGAAAUGUCGAACUCUUGGCUCUCGGAUUAUGCGCAUAUUGUGAGGAGCUGAUGGACGACGGACUGAGGGAUAUUUUUCCCCAAAGAAUGGACGUUUGAUCAACUUUAUUUAAUGGAAACAUUUGUAACAGAGCUGCUCAUCCUCAGGGAACAGCAAUGGUGCACAAACUUCUGCUGCACAUCGCUUUGGCAGCAAGUCUCCUCUCACGUGAGCUUCCGGGGGCCUCAGCUACCAAAACAAAAACUCAAGUGAAGAACAACUCGGGUGUGACACCAGCUGGGCAGUGUGGGACCUGGAUAAAAGAGUCUGAGGGAGGGUAUUUCACCUCACCCAACUACCCAGAGAAAUACCCUCCUGAGAGAGAAUGUGUCUAUAUUAUUGAAGCCUCUCCACGACAGUGCAUCGACUUGUUUUUCGAUGAGAAGUAUUCAAUCGAGCCAUCCUGGGAGUGUAAAUUCGACCACAUCGAGGUACGGGAUGGGCCAUUCGUGUUCUCUCCAAUCCUCGGGCGCUUCUGUGGGCCGGAAAGCCCUUCAUAUGUCCGCUCCAGUGGGAGGUACCUGUACAUCAAGUUUGUGGCUGAUGGGGAACUGGAGGCCAUGGGUUUCUCUGCCCAUUAUAACUUCACACAAGAUCCAGAGUUCACUGGAGCUGGGGAACUGCCAGCUCUGCCAUUUUGUGAGUUUGAGCUGAGCGGUCCAGAAGGCUUUGUAGAAUCAGGCCAGAUAGCCGGGGAGAGCCGAGCGCUGCAGACUGAGGCUGUAGACUGCAGGUGGUUCAUCAAGGCUCCACCAAGAGCUAGGAUCUACUUGCGUUUCCUGGAAUAUGAGAUGCACAACUCGAACGAGUGCAAGCGUAACUUCGUUGCCAUCUACGACGGCAGCAGUUCGGUUGAGCACCUGAAGAAUAAGUUCUGCUCCACGGUGGCCAACGAUGUCAUGCUGGUGUCUUCUGUGGGCGUGGUGAGGCUGUGGGCAGAUGAGGGUAGCAGGAAGAGCAAAUUCAGGAUCCUCUUUACAACUUUCCAUGAGCCUCCAUGUGAAGGAGAAACUUUCUUUUGCCAUAGCAACAUGUGCAUCAACCAAACGCUGGUCUGCAACGGUAUCCAGAACUGUGUUUUCCCAUGGGACGAGAAUCACUGCAAAGAGAAAAGGCAGGCCAGUAUUCUGGACACACUGGAUGGCACUAACAUGGCUAUUAUCGGCGUCACCUGUGGCCUGGUUCUUAUCCUGCUCAUCAUCUCUGUCAUCAUCCAGGUCAAACAACCUCGCAAGAAAUACAUAAUUCGCAGAGAUGACUUUGACCCUGCCCUCCUCCACCCUGGUUUUGAGCCUCCUCAUUACGAGCUCUGCACUCUGCGCCGCACCCCCUCCGGCGACCUGAACGAUGCCGCCAUGGCCGAGGACUAUGAGAAAUUUCACAAGCUCCGACGCUCCUCCUCCAAAUGCAUCCGUGACCACCAUUGUGGCUCUUUCCCGGGGAGCAUGCAUGGCAGUGUCCACGGUAGUCGCAGCAACCUGAGCAUGAGGGACGCAACCAUAGUGGCUGAUGGGGGGGGCCUCGUGCCACCACCACUGCCUCCAGGGAUGGGCAGCCAACAGUCACCGCACCUCUCCCAACAUACCACACCCGCAGGACACAGGAGCAUCCUGAUGAUGAAGCAUAGCUACUCUCAGGAUGGGGCAGAGGGGUACAGGGCAGAAGAGGACGAGGACUUUAUGAUGGAUGAUGGUCCCACCACCAGCCAGCAACGCAUGUAUCACCAUCAUAUGCACCAUGGCACUUCAGGGCAGGACCAUACCGUCCACCGUACACUGUCUAAUGACUUCUAAUGUAAGAAAAAAGGAAAAAAAGAACCCGCCACCUUUAUUUGUAAUAUGGUGAUGGGAACAUUUGUUUUAUUUAAUUGCAUUUCAGUUUUAUUUAUAGAACCUAAUGCUCCUCUUCACAGCUUCUGUUAAUGUUAUUGGCUUUCAUACCUCAAAUUGAAAGAUUCCAUAAAGAUUGUAAAUUAACAAGCGGCAGGUUAUGGUAAGCAUACAGCAGCACACCGAUUCAUAUAGGUUUUUUAAACACAUGCAGGAAUAUGGUACUUUCGCUAACAUAGACACACACACAGCCUUUCACAGUUAUGAUGAGGAUUGUAUUUGUUUAGUUUGUUUUUACUCUAAAAGAAGCGAAGGGAGACAUUUGUAAAAUCACUAUUAUUAUUAUUCUUUUCUUCUUUUUUUUAAAAAUGUUUUUAAAUUUUUCUUUCCAAGGAAAUGGGGAAUCAGAAAAUAAGCUGUAUGUGAUGGUUGAUAUGAAAGUCACUGUUUGAAGGAAAAUUGACGCCGUACACGAUUUGUAUCCUUGUCUUGUAAUGUACUGUCGAAUGUCAUGUUAUUUGUGGACCCCAGGAAGAUUAGCUGUUGUUAUGCACCAGCUAAUGGGGAUCCUAAUAAAAUAAAAUAAAAAUAAAUUAAAUGGAAGUGCGGUAGCACAUAAGAUGCAGAUGUCUAUAAUGCAUUAUAAACAUAGUUAUUAUGUUUUAUUGUCUGCCUAUUGCUCUAUAUAUAUAUUUAUUUAUUUAUAACAGUUAUCAAAACAUAUUAUAAAGCAUGUUAUAAUUAACAAAAUAUUAUAAUACUUCAUGGUCAAUCACUGACCAUUGUUUGCAAGGGUAAUGUAUAGUAUUUAUUAUUAUUAUUGUAUAUGCUGUGCUUAUAAUGCAUUAUGGUCCUCUAGUGGAAUAACCGGAAGUUUUACAUAGUUUGCAACAUGAAUAGAGUGGACUUAAGUUUGUGAAACACACACUAGUACUAUAAUAGAAAUACUACUUCACUUUUUUUCAUUAUGUGUUCCUUGUUUCAAGUCUGGAAUAGGAUAUAUGAAUGACUGCAUUGUAUAUGAGAACAUUUUUUUGCAUGGAUGACAUAAUUGCACCACCAAAUUAAGAACAUGUUUAGAACCAUAUAGGAAAAGUCUGUAAUGAUCAGGGACAACAAUUCAUGGAAACAUUCUAUCUAGUCAUUAGGCUACUGUGAAGUCUACACUCAAAGGAAACCUGUUGCAAAAUAUUGUUUUGCAAAUCCAAUAUACACAGUGUUCUAGAAACGCUCCUGUGGAAAUUGAUAUGUCAUACAUUCAUUCAUUUGUCAGCCAUUUAUUUGUGUUUGUUUGUGAGUAUUUAUGAUGUCAUUCAUGUGUAUUUGUUUUUCAAAAUGUAAUUCCGUUUUAUUUCUGGAUGAAUUAUCCAUGUUGGUUAAAUGGCUGUCUCUAUUUAUUUAUUUAAUUAAACAUCAGCUUUUUCCUUUA